AUGGUUAGUUGGAUCAUUGGAUCGGCUGAAGAACGACUUAUCUGGCAGAUGUUCUUGAUGCCGAAGAUCAAGAAGGAACCAGAGAAACGUGUUAUCAAUUGGACGCUUCUGGCCCUUAACAAGGGCAGGUGGAGAAGAAUUGUGAGAGCAGUCCUGAACGUUUUUGUUCUAAAAAUGAUUGUAACAUUCAAACUGCCUAUUUCUUCUUAUUCAUUUUCUCUUCUACGACAAAGCAGUGUGAGGAGCCUCCUAGCAGAGCCGAAUCCUCAACUUCCGAUCCUGUUUCGCGUCCUACUCCAUAUCGUUUCUAUAAAGAUCUCAUUGACUAUCUCCACCCAUGAUUUCCUGAGCCUUCAUCAGUCGUCGUUAAUUUCUGAUCACCUCAUACGAUUUUCCUCAAUCACUAUCUCAGCUGAUCUUACGUUAUUGUUUUGCAAUUAA